AUGUGCUCAUCGGCGCCUGGCCCUGAGAUGUGGAUCAUCCAAGGCACAUUAGCAUGGCUUACUCCUCUUGUUCGAACCGGGGUUCGAAACCAAACUUCUCCUCAGGAGGAUAGAUGGGGUGAUUCAGGUGCGAUGAUUUACUUCACGGGUGAGGUCUCUGGUUCAAGUCCAGGACGGCCCAGCCGCAUCAGGGAAAAGAAUAGAAGAAGCGUCUAA